AUGGCUUCAUACUUUGAUGCAAUCCAUGCAUCGGCGCUCUAUCACCAGCUGGCGUGCCUUCAGCGUGCGACUCCUCCGGCAGAGUUGCCGUCGCAGCUCAAUGGCUUCUGUGCACUGCAGCUGCGGAUGGAGGAGUUGUUGCGAGAGGGUGACGUGAGCCCCAGGGUGUGCGCCAACGUGCUUUGGUCCAUGGCCUACCUCGUUGAUGUGCUCCCCUCCUCGUCCCUGCUGUCGGCCUUGAUUUUGCACCUUCCAAGCAAGGCUGGUGCUAUGGACGCGCAACAGCUGUCCAACAGCUUGUGGGCGACAGCGCAGUUGUGCCACUCCAUGCCUUUGGUGUUUUCCGCAGGUGAGCUGCAGAAGAUGGUGCUUGUACUGGUGGCUGGGAUAUCAUGCAAGGCCAACGACAUGAUUCCUCAGCACUUAUCCAAUUGCAUGUGGGCCACUGCGCAGUUGAAGGAUUUGAUACCUGAUGUACUCAAGCUGGUGCCGACGCUAGUCGCUCGGAUCCCAGCACAGGUAGAGCGAAUGAUACCACAGCACUUGGCCAAUUGCAUGUGGGCUGCUGCUCGUUUGAGACUUUCAGCCGCGUCAGAUGUGGCAAAUUUGGUGCCAGCACUCGCGGGCCAGAUUGGCAGGAAGGCUGGCCAGAUGAACCGUCAGGAACUGUCCAACUGCAUUUGGGCAUCGGCUCAUUUGCUGGAUGUGGCGCCAGGUCAUUUGGCAAAGCUCGUGCCAAUACUUGUGGUUCAGAUCUGUAGGCAUAGCACUCCGAUGAUUCCUCAGCAGGUGUCCACCAGUCUUUGGGCGGCUGCCAUUCUGAAGAAUUCGACGCCAGAUGUCUUGAAGAUGGUGCCAGGCUUGGCGCAUGAGGCCCGUGCUCAAGCUGAUGAGAUGACACCGCAGGCAUUGUGCACUUGCUUAUGGGCUUCAGCCCACUUCAAGGAAUUGCCUGAGAUGCAGAUUUGGCCAGCGCUUCUUUCACGGAUUUCAUUGAAGAUCUCCGACAUGAAUCUCCAGGACUUGUGCAACACGUGCUGGGCUUUAGUGGUCCUGUUGGAUGCGGAUGAGAGCCGAAUUCACUCACGCAUCAGAUGGAAAGGAGUCGAGAUCGGUUGA